UUGCUAUUAUGUUGCACUGCAACCGGAAGUUGUUGGUACAUUGCUUCAAAAAAUGUCCUAGCUAUGCCGAAUGAAUGGAUGCUGUGAUGCACUGAGGUGCCUUUGCUUACAUCUGUCCAAGAUGACAUGAAGCUUUAAGCUCAUAACUCAAAUAUAUCGAACCUAUCUUCCACGAUUUCCCGCCUCUGUUGUUCGGGGUACCAUGGCAACGAGGAUGAAGCUGAAGCUGAAGACUGUGUUUGUGCUCUACUUCAUGGUCUCCCUCCUGGGCCUCAUCUAUGCACUGAUGCAGCUUGGUCAGCGCUGCGACUGCACAGAGCAUGACAUGACUAAAGACCGCACUAUAUCUCGGCUGCGCGGGGAAUUACAUCGGCUUCAGGAGCAGAUAAGAAAGUCAGAGGCGACCAAACAACCCCAGAAACAGGCGGCCAAGCCCUCUCUGCCCACUAUCUUCGUCAUCACCCCGACAUACGCAAGGCUCGUGCAGAAGGCUGAGCUGACUCGUUUGUCCCAGACCUUCCUCCAUGUGCCUCAGCUCCACUGGAUCGUGGUGGAGGACUCGCCGCACAAGACGCCACUGGUGACUGAACUUUUGCUGAAAAGUGGUCUGACCUAUACACACCUACACAUGCCCACUGCCAAGGACCGCAAAUUGCAGGAGGGUGACCCCAGCUGGCUGAAGCCUCGUGGAGUCGAGCAGAGGAAUGAAGGUCUGCGGUGGCUCAGAGAGGACAGAAGGGCUCAGCCAGGAGGGGACAGCCAGCAGGGAGUGGUUUACUUCGCUGAUGAUGAUAACACAUACAGCCUGCAGAUAUUUGAAGAGAUGAGGAGUACCCAGCGAGUGUCAGUGUGGCCCGUGGGACUGGUUGGAGGGAUGAAAUAUGAGAGGCCUGUGGUUGAAGGAGGAAAGGUGGUUCGCUUCCAUACCGGCUGGCGCCCCAGUCGCCCCUUCCCAAUGGACAUGGCUGGCUUUGCUGUGUCUCUCAAACUGGUCCUGGCCAAUCCAGAAGCUUGUUUUGAUGGCGAGGCUCCGAUGGGCUUCCUGGAAAGCAGCCUCCUUCAGGGAUUGGUUACUAUGGAUGAGCUGGAGCCCAAAGCGGACAACUGCUCUAAAGUGCUGGUGUGGCACACACGGACAGAGAAACCGAAGAUGAAGAGAGAAGAGGCUCUGCAGGCUCAGGGAUUGGGUUCAGACCCUGCAGUGGAGGUCUGAAGAACACACACACACACACACACACACACACACACAAAGCGUACUCUGCUGUUUAAUGCUGCACAUUUAACUUUGUGUUGUAAAUACUGUAAAACAGAAAAAUAUUACAUUUAAACAUUUAAAUUCAACCGGUUAUGUCUGUUGUUUUGUGUCAGGUAGUAGAUGUACGUGUGAGUGAGUGGUGUUAAAGCUGUGCAGACUGAAUGUGAGUGUACCUAUCAGGGUUUUCUUUUAUUGUAGUCAGUUUAGUUGUCUUUGUCCAGCAGUACAGUGGAUUGGGACUGGAUGAGGAGUUUUAACAGUCGCCUCAUGGGGGCGUCAGAUUUUAAUUUUGCUAAACUGUACUAUUUCAUAAAACACUGUGGGCUGAAGCUAGAGGAUCUUGUUACAGAUGUCCAGUCUUAUAUCAUUUGUAGAGAACAUGUGUUAACUUGUGCUCAGUGGAAAUCCUCCAGCGUAAAUUGUUUCUGACAGCAGUUAAGAUAUUUAGAGCUACACCAAGUCUGGCUCCUUUCUCUGGUUGGAUCAGGUCUGUAACCAGCUGCUUGACUGAUUUCUGAAGGAGAUACUGUUGCAGCAGAGCACUUUAUUCAUGCAUGGCUUUUGCCUUGGUGUGAUAAUGUCUGUUAACGUGUAUUCAUCCAUGAAGAUAUUUUUUCUACUCAUCAGCAAGAGCAUGAUAAUAAUCUCUAUACCACCUGUCGAAUCAAAAUGUCUGCACUUGCGAUCAAAGCAAUAGUAUUGUGUACAAAGGUGCAUUUUUUGACACUAAACAAAAUUCAGAAUAUCAAAAGCUGCAAAACUCACGGUUUAUUUCAAAAAUAUGCUAAAUACCUGUUGCCGUGUAUUUAUUAUGCUCUCAUACACCUUUGUUAGAGACAGUCAUAACAUAACAAUUCAGCUUUAUUGCUUCUUUUGAGUAGUACCACAACAACAAGUAGCUCAAGCCCUUUUUUUAUGUGCAUAUUUUUCGUGAUGCUUUUUAAAAACAUAAGGCUUGUGAAAUCUGUUUUAGAAGCCACGAGUAAGGGAACAGCACUACCGAAGCUCUUAUAACUUCAAAAUGCAAUAAACAAACACAAAGCGCGUCGUCCAUGUUACAUUUUCACACUCUGUUGAUAAGAAAAAGACUUGAAUUUGCCUUUAACAGGCAGGAAAUCCCUGGUACUUUAUUACAGUAGCAGUAUUCAAGAUUAUAUUUGAAAAAAAAAAAAUGCUUCAAAUAUAAAUUGUGCUCCUUGAGCUGUGCUUCAUUAUCUUCCGUGACAGCCCUCAGAAGUAGGAAGAAUAAAGAGCAAGAUGACAUUACAGCUCAAGCAAGUGCUCCUCAGCUGCUGUUGUAUGAUACUGUAAAAACAGCUAGUGCCUGCUUAAGUGUAAUUAGUGCCUGUAAGUCAAUUCUCUACUGGUGUAUAAUGUAUUUAUUACUGUAAUAUUGUUCUUUAUAUUGUACAAUGUGAUAAUGUCUGUUAUUGGCCUUAAAAAUAAAACCUAGCUAAUGUAAAGCA